CGUAAUGGGUUUGGGAUGGCGUGACGAAUUUCAGCCGAAUGGAAGCAACCAAGCGCCCUAUCCUCCUCUAUUCAUGUCAAGUCAUCCAUUUCUACAGUCCAGCAGAAAGGAGAAGGGAAUAGUCUCGCGUACAACGAACGUGGGGCUCAUCUAUCAGUAUUAAUCUCCUUAGUUGGACACUAGCCUCGAUUCUUGAUGAGAUUACCGAAUUCAGGGCACCGAGGAUGGACUUGAUCGCUCCCGUGCCGGCCAUUGUUUUUUCCAAACAUCUUUCUUCCGCUCCUUUUUUUAUCAGUUGGUUUUCCAUCACUUGAAUGUCCCAUCACUUAAACCACCAAUGCGGUGGACCGGGUUGGUCGUCGCAUUAAUCUCAUGUCGACCUCUGAUGUUUGAUUCCGUAAAAAGUGCCAAGACUCCACAUGCGUGCUGGCAUCUAGCGACCAAUAAUAGCAGCUAACAGAUUUGAUUUCAGGAUCCUAUCGAUCGGCGGCCGGGUUGCUGGCUCUUCUCUUCCGAGGCGGUGGUUGGGGAGAGCACACACAGCUUCCUCAAAAGAAACAAGACGUUAUUUACUUUUGUUGGCUACGCUUACGUGAGACCCAGUGGAGUUUUAACUGCUGAUCCAGGCCGGCUGAGAAGUAGAACCGAGAAAGAAAUCCUGAAUUAUUGUCCGUCAUAACAGAGGGAUUGCUUUAGUUGCAGUGUCGAGACCAACUGCUGAUGACGAUGCACGUCGCCGGAUUGAUCCUUGCACGGGGAGGCAGCAAAGGAAUCCCGCUCAAGAACUUGGCCUUACUCAAAGGCACGCCGCUUCUUCUCUGGGCGCUCAGGACCAUGUCACAAUGCAAAGGUUUGACUUCCAUUUGGGUGUCGUCCGACCACCCAGACAUUCUUCAAUUGGCCCUUGAAAACGGAGCCCAGGUCCAUCGCCGGUCAGCCGAGACGUCGUCAGAUGGAGCCACUUCACUGGAGGCCAUCAACGAGUUCUUGGCCAGUCAUCCGGAAGUCGACGUGGUGGCAUUGAUUCAGUGCACGUCGCCUUUCGUCCGCGUUGCGCAUUUGAACGAAGCCAUCGCUAAAAUGACGGCCGGAUGCUGUGACUCGGUCUUCUCCGUCACGCGCUCUCACUCGCUGCGCUGGAUGCAACUUGCAGAACCAAAAAUCGAAAGCAGCAGCAGCGGCAGCGGCAGAGCGACGGUGGAUGCGGCAGAGAUCCGGGCGGUCAACUUUGAUCCUCAUUGUCGACCCAAGAGGCAGGACUGGAACGGCGACUUGGUGGAGAACGGCGCGUUUUACUUGAGCUCCGUUCAACUUUUGCGACAAGGACUCAUUCAGGGUGGAAAGAUUUCCUUCGUAGAGAUGAGCGCAGAGUGCAGCAUUGAUAUCGACACCGGCUACGAUCUGUGGCUGGCCGAGCAGCAGGCAUCCUAUUUCAACAUUGAGCCCGGUGGUGGCGAGUACAUUCAAACAUUUUUUCCCGCCACUUUGUGAUUUGUCAUGCAAUGAGAUUUGAUUUCCUGUAGACUGCAUUUCAUUUUUGGCAAUAAAAUGUUUCGCUUCCGCA